AUGGUCACACCGACGCCAUGCGAGCAUCCAAUUUUCAAGGAGCUUGCUGCUCUGCAGGAGGGAAUUGACGUUUUCCCAAACCCCGAAGUAUCCGACUAUACAUCAUGUCGAGCAUACACCAAGACUGCAACAAGGUGCCAGCUGGGGCUCAAGGGGAAAGCACCACGGGCGAACGCCUUGCUCUCUGAAUUUAGAGAAAUGGACAAGUGCCCUCGUACCGACAUUUUCUAUCACCAACUUAAGGAGUUUCUUACCAUUACACACUGCGGCAAGCAUCAAGAAAAGCCUCUAGCCCGACUUGACGAAUGGAGGAAGCAGCGGGAGCAGGCCGCAUCUUCGUUAUCCAAAGAUACCUCUUCGACUGCUACGGGUACAGAUUACUUCAGUUCCAUAGCGUCCCUUUCCGAAGCGGGCAGCACGGCAACCUCUAUCCUGCCGCUGAGUAUCGAACAACCUACUGAACACUCUCCGGCGUGUCAAUCUAUAAUCGAUAGCUUGUCAUCAUCUAGUCGGUCUCUAAGGGAUGCACCGAGUAGAGAACAAGCCCCGGAGAUCACCCACUGCGAAAGGGUCGAGGAACUUGAGACAAGUGUUGAGGAUUUAACGCUUUCCACAAGUCAUCACACCACGGCAAGCGAUGGCUCAUGUCACGACGAGGCCGAAGUUAGAAUAACAGGAAUCGGUCUAGCCUCUCUCCAACGUAAGGGAACACUGCGAGACACUUCGCCGGUACUCAAGGAAAUAUACAAGUACCUCACCGGGGAGGAACAGAAGGAGGGCAUAGUUUACGUCCUCGAGCACGUUGAGAUCAAGGGGCUUUUCAAGGUCGGCUGUACUAGAGAAACAGCAGCAAAAAGACAUCAUCAGCCUGGGAACUGCUAUGGGACUAACACAAAGGUCAUUCACGAGACCACCGACGGACCCUUUGUCGGUGCCCAGAAGGCGAAAAGGCUUGCUCAAGCUAUCCUCCGGCAUCAUAAGCUACAGGUCAUCAAGUGCGAGCAGUGCGGAAAGGGACACAAAGAGUGGUUCUGGGCCCAGAGAGAGGUAGUGCUCGACACAGUGAAGAUUGUAGAAAGGUUUGUGCAGUUGCCGGCAUAUACUUUGCAGGACGGCAGGAUGAAACUAUCGCCAGUUGCAGAAGAGAGGAUGGAAAAAAUGUGCAAUUUUUCA